CUAGGGCAUCAGGGUUAAUUUACUACCAGAAAGAAAGACGGAGGAAAGAGGGAGUGAGAGCUCAGCAAUUAUUCUUUAAUUUGCUAAAUUACACAAACAAUUUCAGAAAUUUUCUCAACAUACUUCAUGACUUGAUUGUGACUAAGUGUGGGCACCAGACAGCACUUGUGAGGACCUCAAGAUUGGUGACUGAAGCCUUCAGCUACUAUCUCGGUUUUUUGAGACGGAGUCUCAUUACCCAGGCUGGUCUCAAACUUCUGGCCUCAAGUGAUCCUCCCACCUUGGACUCCCAACGUGCUGGUAUUACAGAAGUCUAUCAAUGGGGUCUUUUUCUGCUGAGACCAAUUCCACUGACUUAUCCUCACAGCCUUGGGAUAAACCCGAAGUAGUUCUCUCCAUGGCCAUUCUCAGUUUUACGUUUUUAUUGGGAUUGCCAGGCAAUGGGCUUGUGCUGUGGGUGGCUGGCCUGAAGAUGCAGCGGACGGUGAACACAGUUUGGUUCCUCCAUCUCACCCUUGCAGACUUUCUCUGCUGCCUCUCCUUGCCCUUCUCCCUGGCUCAUCUGGCUCUCCAGGGACACUGGCCAUAUGGUUGGUUCCUAUGCAAGCUCAUCCCCUCCAUCAUCAUCCUCAACAUGUUUGCUAGUGUCUUCCUGCUUACGGCCAUUAGCCUGGACCGUUGUCUUCUGGUACUCAAGCCAAUCUGGUGCCAGAAUCAUCGCAAUGUGAGAAUAGCUUUCAUGAUCUGUGGAUGUAUCUGGGCGGCAGCUUUUGCAAUGUGUAUACCUGUGUUUGUGUACCGGGAAACAUUCACUAUAGGCAACAAAAGUAUAUGUAGCUACAGUUUUUAUCUCUUCAGCUCAGACAACACCUUUGAUUACCUAGAUGACACCUUUGAUCUAGAUCUACUAAAAAACAGAUCUCUUGACAACUCCAUCGUACAGCUGCCUGGAGAAAUGGACGACAAGUUAGAUUCUUCCUCUUUGCAAACAGCUGAUCAUCCCUGGACAGCCACCACUGUCCUCCAACCUCAAACAUUUCAAAGACUUUCUGGAGAUUCACGACCUGUGGAUUCCACUAGAUUAUUUAGUCAACAUCUGUAUUAUAAUUUACAUAAACCUGAUGUGGUGGUCUCACCUAUAAUCUCCCAUGGGGUUCCCGUUGAAGAUCACAGAACUAACCCACUGAAUAACUCUGAUGCUUUUCUCUCUACCGAUUUAGAGCUUUUCUCUGGUACAUCUAACAAUUCCUUAUUUGAGUUACCACAAGAUUUCCUGUAUUACAAUGUAGACCAAUUCACAAAUGACAAUCAAGUGUCAACACCCAUGGUGGCAAUAACCAUGACUAGGCUAGUGGUGGGUUUCCUUCUGCCUUUUAUUUUCAUGGUGUCUUGUUACAGUCUCAUUGUCCUCCGAAUGCGACAGGGACGCUUUAACAAGUCUAGAAACAAAACCUUUCGUGUGGCUGUGGUGGUGGUGGCUGUCUUUCUUGUCUGCUGGACUCCAUACCACAUUUUUGGAGUUCUGUCAUUAUUUAUUGACCCAGAAACUCCCUUUGGGGAAGCUGUGAUGUCCUGGGACCAGGUGUCCCUUGCUCUAGCAUCUGCCAAUAGUUGCUUCAAUCCCUUCCUUUACGCCCUCUUAGGGAAAGAUUUUAGGAAGAAAGCAAAGCAGUCCUUUCAGGGCAUUCUGGAGGCAGCCUUCAAUGAGGAGCUCACACACUCUACCAGCUGUCCCCCAAACAAAGUCUUUCCAGAAAGAAGCAGUAUCAGUACAACUGUGUGAAAAUAUGGAACAGUUAAACUACGCAGAGAUUCUUAGGUAUUCACUCGGAGGAUGUUUCAAAAAGGAUAAUGAUGUGGUGAGCACAGGACUUCAAAAUCUACUGAAGAAUCAUUUCUGUGCUUCCUCAAAUGUGGUCACAGGCUACUGACAUCAGCAUCCUCUGGAAACUUGUUAGAAAUGCAAAUUCUCAAGUCCUAUCCCUCUUGUUUGUUAUUAACACCAAACUAAACCACAUGAGAUAGGUGAGAAUCUAGUCUACUUUUAUGUUUCUUUCAUGAAAUUUUUUUCUUUAGCAUUAUCUAAAUCAAUGGAUUCAAUGUAAAACCACUUCUUCUUGUCCUGUGUGUAAGAUGGUCAUUUACAGUUUAGUUAUUGUAUUGGUACUGAUGGUUUUAAAUAAAAAGAAGGUAAAAAAGAAAAAGCCAAUGAAAACAAUGACACUGAGUAUGAAGCUGUGUACAAGGCCGGACGCCUGCCAUUGGGGACACCCCGGGGUACAGGACAUAGGAAUUCUAAGUCUCCACUGUUAAAACUAAAUAAGCAUCUAUUGUAUAAAAACAGACUACUAAUGCAUGUAAAAAUUUACUCAUAAAAUGUUAUGUAAGCUUGUAAGCUAUUGUUUGAGGAAUUCUCUAUUUGUUUAUUCUAUCCUCCUACUAGUAGAGAGCAAUCUCCCAUUCUUUUUCUUUUUUUUUCUUAUGCUUUUUUUUAGAGACAGUCUCUCGCUUUGUUGCCCCAGGCUAGAGUGCCAUGGCAUCACAAUAGCUCGCUCAAACUUCUGUGCCUAAGCGAUCCACCUGCCUCGGCCUCCCAGAGGGCGAGGAUUAGAGGCUCUGAGCCACUGCAUUCGGCCUUUAUGCUUUUUUUUUUUUUUUGAGACACAGUCUCACUAUGUCGUCAUCAGUAGAGUUCCGUGCCAUCACAGCUUACAACCUCAAAUGCUUGGGCUUAAGCGAUUCUCUUGCCUCAGCCUCCCAAGUAGCUGGGAAUAUAGGUACCCACCACAACACCUGGCUAUUUUUUUGUUGUAGUUGUCAUUGUUGUUUGGCAGGCCUGGGCUGGAUUCGAACUAGUGGCCACACCCUAGCUGCUGAGCUGCAGGCGCUGAGCCCCUCCAUGCUUAAUUCUUAUUCCUCCCCUGCUCCAAUUCUUCCAUAUCAGACUUUAUGCCUCAAGCAAAUUCUAAUUUCAUAAGACUCUAGUCAUUCCCUUCCUCUUGCUUCAAAUUAAUAACUUUCCAAGAGACCCAUUUCACAGGAAAGGAGAAAUGGGUGGAGAUGGAGCAGCCACUCUUCAGCUACUGCAAGAUGACUGAGCAUCCUACCACACAUGCAUUUUUAAAAACAUGACUGCAGGUAUCUUUCAUGCCGAAAUUAUCAGAUAUAUCUUUCUGGUUUUUAAAAAUUAAUCAUUAUCUUUACCAAAGUGAUACCUGCACAUCAUUUUAAAAAGAAUUCAAGGCUUUUGAGGAAACAUAAGAAGUGUCCUACCCUAUUCUGCCAAACUGCUCCCACACCCACUCUCAUAUCCCCAGAGAUAAUCCUUGCAACAAUUUUAGAUGUUUCUUCUGAUACUUACCAUGAUAUUUCUAAAUCAUGGGCUUAUGCUAUUUUUUGUAGACAUGAUAAAAUGACUUUGUUUUGAAAGAUAAACAUUUUUUAUCCAAACAAAUCCUUUUUUUUUUUUUUAGAGAUAGAGUCUCACUUUGUCGCCCUUGGUAGAAUGCUGUGGUGUCACAGCUCACAGCAACCUCCACCUGCUGGGCUUAGGUGAUUCUCUUGCCUCUCAAGUAGCUGGGACCACAGGAGCCACCACAACAACCAGCUACAAACACAUCUGUAUUUUUAAAUUGUUUAUCUAGUACCCCAACAUUAAGAACCAUUACAUUUUAAUUUGUUCAUAACUACCUAUUUUUUCUUCUACUUUGUCUACAUAUUCUAACCAUUUUUAUAGUUUUCCUUCUGUCGUUAUUCUAUUUAAAAAAAAAUUACCCAACUCCUCACCACUUUCUCAUUUUCCUCUGUGUAUAAACUUUCAUGUGUUAAUCCUCUAAAAUUGUAUCACAACAUAGCCUCAUCUAAGCUGAAUAUAAUGAUUUAAUCUAAAAAAUAGAAAAUGAGAUGUGUUUUAGACUUACAAAACAUUAUUUGUUCAACAGUUGAGUAAGAGUCUGGAAUAAAAAUGUGUUAUUAAGUACUGGGCAGAAAAAUUUUACAUCACUAGAGAUUCUUUCAGUUGUGAGAUAAUGUCUGAUAUCAGAUUUGCAGUGCUAACUUUACAAUUUAAUUUGCUGAUAUAUUUGAUGUGACUAAAUGCUUUUUCUUCUCAUCAUUCCUUGCAAAGCUCAGAGAUUCAUGUAUCCUUUCGAUUGUCUGAUACUCAGAAUAUAUCAUAAUCUGUAAAUAUGAAACAAAUAAAGCUCAUAGUAAAUGACCGUAGACUUGCUGUAAUAGCUAUCAGCCAGGCUUCUGGAAAUACCAAUGCAUCCCACAACAUCCCAAAAGACCCCGUGUGUAAGUCUUAAAACUCCUGGCUAGUGUAUUGGAUAUUAGGGUAAGUAAUCUUGGCAUAGGGACAAACAUUUAAUUUACAAUGAAUAAAUGGCAUUUCUGGACUCCUUUUAAGAGUUCCAUUUACUAUUUUUGUUUUUAGAGGUGGGGGAUCUCACUGUGUUAUCCAGACUGGAGUAUAGUGGCAUCAUUAUAGCUCAUUGCAGCUUUGAACUCUUGGGCUUAAGGAAUCCUCAGAGUCCUGAGUAGCUGGGACCUCAGGCACGUGCCACCAUGCUUGGAUAAUUUUUUAAAUUUUUCUUUCAAAGAUGGGGUCUUGUUGAGAGGCUCGUGUCCAGUGCAGUAGUGCCACCAUAGCUCACUAUAACCUCAAACUCCUGGGUUCCAGCGAUCCACCUGCUUUAGCCUCCCAAGUAGCUGGGACUAUGGGUGUGAGCCAGUGUCCACCUAGUUCCAUUUGCUCUGGAAAUGUAUUCUGAAGAAAUUCCUACAAUUAAAAUGCCCUCAUUUCUGAUGAAAAAUUCCAGUGAGUACCUGUAACUACUUUGUACUUUAACUUC